AAAGAGGGUUGCAUGAAGCUGGUCUUGGAAUCAAUAGAUGGAGUCGAAUUUCUUUAGAGGCACUCACUGACUAAUUAUUAAUCCAUUUUAUUUUGUAGAUGACAAUAUAUUUGAUGCAGUUUGCUUUUGAAAUGACUUCAAUACCUGUCACAAAAAUUUUAAAUUUACUCUACCCAAACUAACGAACAUAUAUCCCCCCGAAAUGAUAAAAUACGGCAGACCCCUCACAAACUACAAUGCUUCAAAGUCGACCGAAAGCUUCAGCAAAGUCUCAGACAGCAACAUCACCCUGGGCGAGAGCGUGAGAAUCAGCCAAGAAUACCCGAAGCAAAGUGUACUGCGCACCAACUUCCUCGAACCGCUGCGCCAAAGCAAAAUCAUGUCGGCCUCCGGCGCCCUGACCGUCAUCAACUUGCUGCGCGAGCCUCUGGUCGAAUACCAAAGCAGCCGUGGCUUCCCGAAGGAUGAACACAUAACGUUCAUGAACCUCCUGACGUCACUGCUGACUCAAUCGUAUACCGCAGCCUUGACCAUUUUGGUGAUGUUGUGGAACUUGCUGCCGUUGGUGGAAGGUUUUCUUUACUUCGCACGAUUUAUACUCGACAAAUUGGUUGACAUUAUUGAAACCGGUGAUCCCAAAGAGAAGGCGAUGAAAACUAUUGUUUUCUGCGGCGAAAUGUUUGUGAUUUUGAUCAUUAUAUUUUUAAUUGUGGGCCUCAUUUUUAUGCCCGUGUACGUCCUCACUGCCAGACUGUUCGGUAAACUCUGGGGAAUGAUUAUUUGGUAACUGUGUAAUAUUUUAAAAUAAACAGUAUACGUGUAAUAAAA